AUGCCAUUGCUUAAUUCGGACUACCUAGAUCGAUCAGAUAUGACCAAUUCCGAAAUUGAAACUUCAAUGAAAACGCCUGAAACUUCGUUUAAUGGUGAUUAUCACCAAGAUGUACACAGCUUGGAUAAUUAUUCAGUAAGAGAUGAUGAUGAGGAGGACACCAGUUCCGAUGAAGAAACGCAGGGAACCAAUCAGCCUGAGAAUUCCUCUCUGAAAAGUUGGUUCUUUAAACCUAAGAGUAAAUCUGCGGCAACCAGCCCAACAAAGGAAAAUGCCAAGGAGGAACGCAUUAAUUCUUCAGGAUCUGCUAUUACUCAAAGUACACCAACAAAUUCUAAAAGUGGAUCACCUUUUAGGAAAAGCUUACGCUCUUUCUUUCGACGUGAAGAAGUUAAGGAUUCUGAUGUAACUCAACCAGAAAACUCUACCCUUGAAUCAGCUAAAGACGAGGAACCUCCUAGGCAGCAUAGGUUUUGGAAGUCUUGGAGGGGACAUCAUUCUCAUCCAAAUGGUGAUUACAGUGAUAGUGAACAUGAUACACCUCAGCAAGAAACGGUAGAAAACGACUUCAAUGCUUCAAAGGUGGAUCCAGAUGACAUGUUGACGCAUGAACAGAAGCGUGAAAGGAACAUGGAAAGACUGACUCAACAAUUAAUGAAUUUUUCCUCUGAUGAUGAUGAAGAAAAUGGACGUAAAUCACAUCGUUAUGCUGCCGAGAAGACUCAUGGAGCUGGCUUCAUAGAAGGAAAUGUUGUUCAUGAUGAUGACGAUGAUAGUAAUUAUGAAAGCAGUGACAGCAGUGCAUCAAGCUCAGUUGAAAGGGCUAGAGAGGUAAAAGCAAAAAUAGGACAAGUCUUCUCACCUGCCAGUGAAGAGAUUUUGUGCAAGAAUAACGAAAUUUCACCAAUAACCCCAGUUGACGAUGUUAUGGAUAACCCAUAUAAAUAUGUCUUUGAACCUGUUAAGGCUCAAUCUAAUGCAUCUAUUGCCCAUGACUGUAGUUGGAUUGAUAAGAACUCUGUUGCAUUUGAUAAUUUCGAUAAAGCAUUAAGGAUAUUGACCGAUGGUCUCAAUUGUUCAUCUUCCCUUGAAGGCUCUUUAUUUACGAUAUCAGAGCUAAGCAAUGAGUUUUUGGACAUGGUUAAGAAUUAUACUGAGAAUCAUGAAAAGGUCGCUCAAGAAAAAAUUGAUAUGGAAAUUACACUCAACACGGUUCAGAGUUCAUUUGGUAAUCUUAGGAAAGAAGUUGAGGAUAAGGAUCGAGAAAAUGUCAAGUUGAAAACAGAGUUAGAAUUGUUGAAGGAUAAAUAUUCCCAUUUAGAAAAAGAUUUCGAAAGCCUGUCAGAAGAGGCAGAAAUUUUGACUGAUGAGGUGGCACAUUCUAAGAAAGAUUUCUUUGCCGCCAAGGAUUGUGAAAGGACUGUCAAUGAAAGAACACAAGAACAGGUCAAUACAUUAAAAAAAGAAUUGGAAAUUAAGACUAAAGAAUUUGAUGAAACUUUAGCUGAUUUACAAAGGGAAAGGGCAAAACAAGAUUCGAGUCAAGCGAAUCAAGAAACUUUGCAAAGUAAACAAGAUUCGCUACAGAAUAAAUUAGACUGUUUAGAAGCCGACAAUAAAACAAUUAAUUGUGAAUUCCAAUCUUCUAAAAAGGAAUAUGACAUAAUGAAAGCCAAGUAUGAUUUCGUUGAAUCACAAUAUCAAACACUGAGAAGUGAGUGUGAUGCGAUUCGCGCUAAACAUGAGUCUAUGCAGACUAAUCACCAUUCCAUGGAAGAGCAAUACGAAUCUUUACGAGCUGCGCAUGAAUCCUUGAAGUUACAAUUUGAUACAGUCCAAAAUGAUUACAAAACCACAAUCUUUGACAACGAAAUCAUACACGAAAAGAACAACAUCUUGACUACAAGGUUGAGUGAUCUAGUUGGUUCAAUGAAUAAAGGUGGAAACGAUGAAAGAGACAUGAAAUGUAGUAAUCAAGAAUCAUUUUCUAAUAAAUUGCGUCGUUCUGAAAAUAUCAUUGAGCUAUUAAAAGUUGGUAACUUGAAGAUCCAAGAUAAUUUCCGCAGCGAAAGAAGUAAAGUUUUAGAUUUGAGAAAGGAUAACAAGACUCUUAGGAAGCAGAUUCAGUUGACAGAAUGUUAUAGGAUCCAAUCUUUACAGUUCAUGUCUCAUUUAAUGCUCUAUUAUAGGGGAAUUGUCACGGAUGAGACGUUGGCAAGUUUUGAAUUUCAUCUCAAGACUAUCAGUAAUUUUGGAUCUAUCACUGAAUUUAUGGUGGAAGAUGAUGCAACUGAAAAAAAGAUGAAAGACCAUGAAACAAUGAUUGUCAAGUUUUACAACGAGAUUGCUAAGGAAUCCUUCUUGGACCAAAUCGUUACUAAACAUGUCUCUUAUAUGCGUUCAAACAAUUUCUUGAGUAAUCAAUUAUCUGGUUUAAAGAAACAGAUGUCAGAGUAUGAGGAAUACGCUAAUCGUUUAUUACAAGAAAUUGAAACUCACCGGAAAACUAAUGAUAAAAAUCAGAAAAAAAUUGCCUAUUUAAAAGGUGAACUUUCUCAAUGUAGCCGCUAA